AUGUCCGAGACUCUCUUUACUUUCGAGGCGGCGCCCGCGCCAGACGACAAUGAUAUCGAAGAGGAGCUUGCCCAGUCGUCGCCCGCCGGGUCUUCUCAAUCUUUGGGAGAUGGUAUCAGCAGGCCGUACGAGACUCUAGGAACUACUCCUUUGCCAGACAGCCUGGCAUUCCGAUUUAGACAAGCAGAUUUGGGGUCCGAUGACGAAGAGCCGGUUGAGAAGCGUUACCCACCCCUUUCCGAGAAGAUCGAAGAGAGGCAGGCGCAAAGAGAAAGCUGGAGAAAGAUAGCAUAG